CUUUUCUGGCACACAACAUUAAAAAUGGAAAAACUUUAAAAACACUUCUGAUUUAGUUGAUAAAGAAAAACAUUAAAUUUCAAAUAGCAGUUGUUAACAAUAAGUUUUUGCUUUUUAAUUUCUUAUAUUGAAUAUUCUAAAUAGAUGUGGUUAGCGUUGAAAACAAUUGACAAUCAACUGUCAAGAGGAGUGGUGGCGUCUUCUUCUUGGCGUCUCGAUUUAAUCAAAAUGCUUUAUUUCAUAAUGGACAGACAAUCAAUCAUGGUUCCCAGACGUGGUAAAAGAAUUACGGCUGGGAAGCCAGCAAAAAACCUAACUUUUAGCGAGUCCUAUCUGGGACAGAGAUCAGUGAAGUCGAAAGUAAAAAAAGUCAGAGAAAUAGGAAUGUGUCCUCCAAAGAAGUUGGCCAGAGUAGCUGUUGGUAAACCAAAAAAACCAGCCGUUGAAUGCUUUAAUAGUUCAAUUAACAGCCCACCUGUCAUUUCAUCCAACAGUUUACGGGAACAGUUAAGUGCUAACAACAGAAACCUCGACAAUUUUCAUGUCUCACCAGACAGCUCACCUAAGAGUUUACGUCAACAUUCUCAUCAACAGCAAACUAGUUUCAACAAUAGAGACCUCAACAAUUAUAAUGUCUCACCAGACAACUCACCUAAGAGUUUACGUCAACAUUCUCAACAGCAAAAUCGUUCCAACAAUGGAGACAUCAACAAUUAUCAUGUCUCACCAGACAGCUCACCUAAGAAUUUACGUCAACAUUCUCAACAGCAAAAUCGUUUCAACAAUAGAGACCUUAACAAUUAUCAUAUCUCACUAGGGAGCUCACCAAUCAGUUCAAGUCAAAAUUCUCAACAACAAACUAGUUUUGCACCCAUUUCUAGCACACCGGUCCAUAAACGAAACUUAAUUAAGGAGACACAAUCGGAUAGUAAUUCCUUGAGUGUUUCCCGCAUAUCCCAUCAUAAAGGACACGAUGCUGAACCUUCCGCUUCGAAUAUUAAGCCACCAAAUGAGAUCGUGGACUACCUAACAAAAUCAAUGGUCCGACAGGACGAACUUUUUCGAGUAGUUCAGUCCCUGGUUGCUAGUAGACCAAUCACUACGUCUGAGGAAGAACACGACGAUUUCGUAGAAAAACUUCCCGAUUUCCCUAUUUCUUCUAUGGAAGACUUUCUUUCAUUGGAGAGUGACCUGCUUCAAAAACGUUUCAACAUAUAUUUUGUUCGUUACCUUAUAUCUUUGGGAGGUGGUACUCUUGCUGAUUCUUCCAAGCUUUUAUUAAGGCAUUGCUUAGACAAGGAUGUUGCAAUCGAAUAUAGCCACCAAGGAAAAGGAAAACUGAAAAAAAAACCUUUGAACGCAACUGAAUUUUACAAAGCAUAUAAAGUUGCACUUCGCAAGCGCCACAAGAAAUUUUACGAUGAUUCAACGGUUAUUAACUGCAUUGUAAAUUUCCUGAGUGGUGCAAAGGAUCGCAAAGGCGGAAGAAACCAAAGGCGUAAGAUUGCUGAAGAAGAUGAAGAAAACAAAGAAAACGAUAACAUCACAGACGAAGAAAAUGAAGACGAAGAAAAUGAAGACGAUGAAAAUGAAGUCCAAGGGCCUUCGGAUGAGGACUGAAAAUUUAUAUUAGUUGAUCUGUUUUUUCAGUUUCCGUUUGUUCAUUUUUUGUUAAAAUAAGUAAAUGUUAAAAAUACAACAAUGACCGAUGA